GAAUUCACAGUCGCGCUCGCUUCUUCCGCCCGCCAGAGGUCGCAGGCUGCGAGAGCAGGUUCCUGGUUUGGCAAGCACUCGCCCCCUCAGGCCCGUUCAUUCUCGCGAGAGAAAGCGCGAGGCCUGCCGGGAGUGAGCGCGGCCGUACUUAGGUUUGCUCAAAAUGGCAGCGCUGGAGGAAGAAUUCACGUUGUCUUCGGUAGUCCUGAGCGCCGGGCCUGAAGGACUCCUAGGCGUGGAGCAGAGCGACAAAACAGACCAGUUUCUAGUGACAGACAGCGGCAGGACAGUCAUCCUCUAUAAGGUUUCUGAUCAGAAACCCUUGGGGAGCUGGUCAGUGAAACAAGGUCAAAUUAUAACAUGUCCAGCUGUGUGCAACUUUCAAACUGGAGAGUAUGUUGUUGUACACGAUAAUAAGGUUUUAAGAAUAUGGAAUAAUGAAGAUGUAAACCUGGAUAAAGUAUUUAAAGCUACAUUGUCAGCAGAAGUAUAUAGGAUACUUUCAGUGCAAGGGACAGAACCCUUGGUGCUCUUCAAGGAAGGUGCUGUUCGUGGUUUAGAGGCCUUGCUUGCAGACCCCCAGCAGAAAAUUGAAACUGUUAUCUCUGAUGAAGAAGUGAUUAAAUGGACAAAGUUUUUCAUAGUAUUCAGGCAUCGUGUUUUAAUUUUUAUUACUGAAAAACAUGGAAAUUACUUUGCUUACGUGCAAAUGUUUAACUCACGUAUCUUAACCAAAUAUACACUCUUACUUGGACAAGACGAAAACUCUGUUGUAGAGAGUUUUACUGCAUCUGUAGAUCGGAAAUUCAUCUCUUUGAUGUCAUUAAGCUCUGAUGGUUGUAUAUAUGAAACCUUGAUACCAAUACGUCCAACUGACCCAGAAAAAAAUCAGAGCUUAGUUAGAUCACUGCUGCUCAAGGCUGUUGUAUCUGAUAACACUCAAAAUGGAGUUGCACUCACUGCCCUGGAUCAGGAUCACGUCGCAGUCCUAGGAAGUCCACUAGCAGCUUCUAAGGAAUGCCUCUCUGUAUGGAAUAUAAAAUUUCAAACACUGCAGACUUCAAAAGAGUUAUCACAAGGGACCAGUGGUCAAGUCUGGUAUUAUGGAGAACAUUUGUUUAUGCUACAUGGAAAAUCUCUAACUGUGAUUCCAUACAAGUGUGAAGUGUCAUCAUUAGCAGGUGCUCUUGGAAAACUCAAGCAUAGUCAAGAUCCAGGAACUCAUGUCGUGCCCCAUUUUGUAAACUGGGAGACCCCUCAAGGAUGUGGACUUGGGUUCCAGAACUCAGAGCAGUCAAGAAGAAUUUUAAGGAGACGAAAAACUGAAGUGAGUUUACAGCCAGAGGUUCCACCAUCCAAACAACUUUUGUCAACCAUAAUGAAAGAUUCAGAAAAACACAUUGAAGUAGAAGUACGGAAAUUUUUGGCUCUGAAGCAGACACCUGACUUUCAUACUGUCGUUGGGGACACAGUAACAGGACUUCUGGAAAGGUGUAAAGCAGAACCAUCAUUUUAUCCCCGGAACUGUCUGAUGCAGCUUAUCCAAACGCAUGUGCUUUCUUACAGUUUGUGCCCCGACUUAAUGGAGAUUGCCUUAAAAAAGAAAGAUGUACAGUUGUUACAACUCUGUCUACAGCAGUUCCCUGACAUUCCUGAAUCAGUCACCUGUGCUUGCUUAAAAAUUUUCUUGAGCAUUGGUGAUGACAGUCUUCAAGAAACAGAUGUCAGUAUGGAGUCAGUUUUUGACUAUAGUAAUUCUGUACAUGAUGAGAAAAUGGAAGAGCAAACUGAAAUUCUUCAAAAUGGCUUCAAUCCUGAAGAAGAUAAAUGCAAUAACUGUGAUCAAGAGUUAAAUAAAAAGCCCCAGGACGAAACAAAGGAGAGCACUUCAUGCCCUGUGGUACAAAAAAGAGCAGCUCUACUUAAUGCAAUUCUUCAUUCAGCAUUUAGCGAAACAUUUCUUCUGCCUCAUUUGAAAGACAUCCCAGCACAGCAUAUCACGCUGUUUCUUAAGUAUUUGUAUUUCCUGUACCUUAAGUGUAGCGAAAAUGCUACUAUGACUCUUCCUGGAAUACACCCACCUACCUUGAACCAGAUUAUGGAUUGGAUAUGUCUACUUCUGGAUGCAAAUUUUACUGUUGUAGUAAUGAUGCCAGAAGCAAAGAGGCUACUGAUAAAUCUUUACAAGCUUGUAAAAUCUCAGAUAACUGUUUAUUCCGAACUCAACAAGAUUGAAGUAAGUUUUCGGGAGCUACAGAAAUUAAAUCAAGAAAAGAAUAAUAGAGGAUUAUAUUCAAUUGAAGUGCUGGAGCUCUUCUGAUAUUAUCAAUUCUCCUUCAUAGACAUUUUAUAAAGCUCUUUUAUGUGAACUCUUGCUUCAUCCAGGCAAGAACGGUGUUUUGUUUGCGACCAUCUCGGUGUCAAGAGAAACGUGUCAGUGAGUACCUGGACCAUCACUUAACUGAUGCUCCGGGGUAGGGCUGCAGGUUUCACGUGAACCUAUUCUAGGUUGUGGACAUUGGUGCGGAGAGGUUCUGCAAUUUUUUAAAAAUACGUAACUGGGUUGAUUUUAAGUAAAAUUAUUUGUGUAUUGAUAAAAGUCUAAUUUCUUAUCACGUGUUUUGAGUUGUUUUUCUUUUAAUAAAAAAUGACCAUUGAAGCAGUGA